AUGCCCCCGCAUCGCAACGGCAGCGUCGGGGCGCCGCGGCCUCCAGUCGUUGCGGACUUCCCCAGCGUAUCGUUCGUGGCGCAGGCGGCCGCGGCGGCGGCGACGCCCGUGUUAGUGCUGCGGCACGACCCGCACGCGUCACCCGCUGCUGCCGGCCGCGACGCCGCCGCCGCCGCCGCCGCCGCGCUGGACGUGGAGUCGGAGGGCGGCGUCGUGCGCGGGGGCGUAUACUGGGGCCGGCCCGUGGAGGAGGCGCUGCCCGCGGGUUUCUCGGACGCCGAGGCGGACACUUGGCGGCGGUUCACGCGCCGCACGCCCGUCGUCAAGGUGGAGGAGGGCUGCGGACGCAUGCAGAACCGCCUACUUACCUUCGAGGACGGCACGCGCUCGUGCUGCCGCUACCGCCAGAACACCGACCAGAUCCAGGGCGAGGUGUUCUCCUUCUACCUGGGCCGGCUGCUGGGGCUGCGCAACCUGGCGCCAUCCGCGCUGGCGCUGGUGCGGCCCCGGGAGCCGCUCUGGUCGCGCGUCCGGCCGCAGCUGUCGCUGGCGCAGUGGGGUGAGGAGCGCGCCGUCGUGCUCACCAGGUUCGUGCCGGCGCUGGAGCCCGCGCACAUCCCGUCCUCGCUGCGCACGUCUGCGCGCCGCCUGCACCCUCCCGACGUGGGCGAGCGGCCAGCCGACGAGCUGGUGGAGCUGGCGCAGUGGUCCGACCUCAUCGUCUUCGACUACCUCACGGCCAACCUGGACCGCGUCGUCAACAACCUGUACAACCUGCAGUGGAACCCGGCCAUGAUGGACGCGCCGGCGCACAACCUGGCGCGCGAGCCCGGCUCGGGGCUGCUGGUCUUCUUCGACAACGAGAGCGGCCUGCUGCACGGCUACCGCCUGCUCGACAAGUACGAGCACUACCACGGCGCGCUGCUGGAGGCGCUGUGCGUCUUCCGCAAGUCGACAGCGGACGCGGUGCGGCGCCUACACGCCGCCGGGGACGUGGGCGAGCGUCUGCAGCGGCUGUUCGCUGAUGCUGACCCCGAGCUGCGCGACGCCCUGCCGUCGCUGCCCGACAAGAGCGUCAAGAUCCUCAACGAGAGGCUGGCGCGCGUGCACGAACGCAUCGGGCAGUGCGAGCGGCAGUACAGGCCCGUGCACACGGCGGUGCACGGCGCGUAGCUGCGCCACGCCCCCUUCCCGGAGCACGCACCUGACGUUCGCUCAGGCUGCACUUCCUCUUCGGCCGCCACUGAACUCGCACGGCGCCUGCCUGAACUCCCGUUAAUAAGUUAUUUGUAUUGUGACGGCGCCGCGUUGGUGUUCACGGAGUGACACGUCAUGAGUGUGUGUGUGUGUGUGUGUGUGUGUAUUUUGUAGUAGGACAAGCAGUAGUUGCAAGGGCGCGAGUAGCAAGUUGUGUGUGUGUGCGUGCGCAGUGACAAGCGAGACGCGACGCGCGCGCGUGCGGAAUCGGCUCACCCCCGCCUGCCCUCCUGCCUCCACGCGAGGCGGAGGGGAGGCGGAGGGAGGGGGUCGAGCCAGGCCUGUCGAGGAGGUAAGGUGUUAAUCCGCGCUGGUAUGUGGCGAAAUGGGUUUCUCCGAAGCGGGGCCCGCGCCUGAGGCUCGCUGCCUGCCUGCCUCGCUCGUUGCUCUCGCGCGCAUCCCGCACGUCGACGGCUCGGACGGAACAGGGUACACGGGCACUCGCGCCCGCACCGGCGCCUCGGCGCCACGAGGACUGGAGGACUGAAGACAGCCUCGUUGCCCGCCAUUCCGGGAUCAGAUCUCGCGGCGGCGCACCGUGUGUUUAUAUUUAUAGAGAAAAAUACUUUUAUAUGCUAUAAAUAUGUUUAAUAAGUCAAUCUCAUUUCUUACUUCAUUUACACUAAAUAUGUGUGUGAUUGUGAAGAAAAUUCCAUGCACCUGGCACUGCAGCUAGACGAGAGAACGAAAGUUUGUGAGAGCGAGACAGACUUGCGUGCGAGAGGAAGAGUAGUAGAAAGAGGCACCCCGGCAGCUUUCGACAUGAAUAUGGGGAAACGUUUUUCAGAAGGACGAAUGAGUUCUGCUAAUGCACUGGGACAAAAAAAAAUGAUGUAUCCCGCAAACGCUUUCGGCAUUUUUGAAAAAGAGACGAAGGUUCAACGCUUGGCCCAGGGAGGCGGAUGAUACCGGGAGUCCUGACUCCCACCGCCGAGACCGGUACCAAGCUUCACUGAUACAUUUUAACUGCGUGAGCAGUUACCCAUCCACUAUUCCUCGCGGUGUCGGCGGCUGCAGCGGCAGCAGCAACGAUGGGCGAUUGCCCGAAGACACGCGACAUCCCCGUCCUGCCCCGCCCCGCCCACUCGCUUCCCACCCCGCCCCACUCCACUCCUCGCGCGGCCGCGGAAUAAGGAACGACCUUUUAUAUAAGGAAAGCCCAUUUGUGUAAUGAAUUCCUAAUACUUACGGUUCGUGAUUCGUUCGUUCCUCGGCCGCGUGCGGAAUCCGGGCAUAAUUGGUUCGGCCCGCGCAGAGCCUUCGAUUUAUAAAGCAGCGCCGACGACCAACCGCUCCGUCCCGCAAACUAGCGGCGGCCGGCGUGGGCAAAGGCAGUCCACGCAUAGGAUGGACAGCCAGGAAGAGAGCACGGAUUCGGCGACGGCAGGGAAGCGUUACUUGGAAAAAUCCCGCCUAAUCAUAAGUUACCGACGCAGCGAAAAUCCUGAACCCGAAGGCACGACCCUACCGCCACCUACGCCUCCACCCGCACUGCAACUGAGCAGGUGGUGGAGGCGGCGGCGGCGGGCGAACAGUUCAAACCGGAAGAUAUUGCCCCCCACCCACGCCACCGCAUCAAUCGCUACCCCCGCGUUAGUCCAACCCGACGUCGCCACUCCCUUUCCCAGUUUCCGCCAUUGCUGCCUCCCAACCGACAGCCCGAGAGAGCCGAUGGCAACAGUGUGCUUUAAUCCCGUCUCCAGCCGACCCACCCGUUGCCGGACUCAGCUGGCUCCUGUCCCCACCCCUCGGCAUCCACCUCCACCCACGUCACCUCCUGCGCCCCCGCCUACGCCCCCGCCCUUGCCGCCUCCGCCGCUAAGGAACCCGCUCGGGCAGGUUUAUUCCUGCGCUGCGGCGCAGCUACGGUAUUUGUCAGAUUUAUGUCACGGACCGAUGUAGAAAGAAGAAAAGUAUAGCUCCGAUUGGGCGUUGUCUGGAGCAGAGAGAGAAAUAACGCGGCGUUUCGGGAUAGUAAUUGCUUUAUGGCCGUCAGUAAGGGGUUCCGUCUACCUCAACGGAUGGGGGCGGUCGGGGAUGGUCAAGGGCGGUUGGGGGCUGUUGCUACCGGCGCUUGCGUGUCUCCGCGCACGCUCCCGCCGCCGCCGCCGCCUCCACAGCAGAAAUUAUUUUUGUUUUGUCCGCACGGUCUCCGGUAAUCACGCAUUCGCUGCGAUACACAUAAUGUUAAAUAAUGUAUGAAGAGAGUCCGCUGUUGCUGCGGCCUUUCUCCCACGUCGAGCCACAGUCUCCUCCCGACAGCCUCACCCUUUCAACCCCACGUUUCCGCCACGCACAACGCGCCGGCGACGCUCCUUGACUUCCCCGACUGACACCCGCGCUCGCCUCCGCCCCGCCGCUCCCCUAUUCCGCUCCCAUCCCUGCAUAACCUCAAUCCCGUCCCGCGUUUACGGCCCGUUGUCGUCUUCGUCGUCGUUCCGCGAGCAAACCUCAUUAUGCGGCUGCAUAUAAAUCGCCGACUUAUUUGUGUUUUCGUAAUUGUAUUAUAUUUUUUAACAACGUUUAGCAUGUAUUUGCAUGUUUUGUGUGCGCGAUAGCCGCCCAUCGGUUGAUUGAGAUUCAGGUCGCGAGGCGAAAUUAUAACUCGAUGCGUCUGCGCGCCGUCGGCAGCGGUGGUGACCGUGCUCAUUGCGAUUCGGCGGCGCGCGCUCGCAUUGCGAUGGUGCGGUGGCCGUGCGCCGCCUAAACGCGGUUUUUCCCGCGCGCGGGCGGGUGGAGGUGCGCGCCGUGCGCACUUGCGCAUGCGCGUGGGCUUUCUUGCGCGGCGGUGCUCAUGCGCCGCUUAUCUGACUGCCCGCCCGUCCGGCCGCUGACAUGUCAAUUUCGCGGCCGCGGCCGCUUUCCAAAUGGAAGCCGCAACGCCCAGGCAAAGUCGAUGCCACACGCACGGGUAUUGUUCCGAAGGGGAGAGAGAGUAUAGGGUACUCGUUGGCUGUAGUAUUAAGUCUGUUCAUUUUACGAGCCAAAGAAACACACUUUCUUACUUGUAGUCUGCGUGUAAGCAAUAAUAUUUGUAUUGUGCUCGUUUAUGAGCACGCAGAACUUCGAGUUACGCUGGUAUGUGCGCGAGCACUUAACAAUGGGAACCGAAGCCUCGCUGAAAACUGUGAAGCAUACGUUAUGAAACGAAUGUUGCAGAACUACUAACCCCGGCGAUUCGCCAUAUAAUACGUUUAUUUGAUAUAAGAUUCGCGCGUGCUAACCCUUCGACUUUCUUGUCUCAUAGAGGGGGUAGUUUGUACUUGUUCCUUCGUCAUUCAUUUCAUUUAGUUAAUUGUAAAGAAAUACGUCAGAGCUAUACGAAGCACAUUUUCACAUCGCUUACAUCUGAGCUUGAGUCAAGGAUCAAAAGGUUAAUGUGUGCAUAUAUGGCGCCUAUGAUAGUAAUGCUUAUACGGUGUGUAUUGCACUUUUUAAACAUAAAACCGUAAUCACGUGAAAACGACAUCAACUACUACAUUAAAAGAAAAUCAUUGAUGGUUAACUACUAUAUUUUACACCGCUAAAUGUAUAUUUAUUUUAUAAGUAAUAAACCAGUACUUGUCGCAUAGUAUUAUAAGACGUUCCAUGACCUCAUCACGAUCAUGUGGUCUUGCGUAAAUCGGUUCGGCGCAUGCGCAUUUCCUUCCUACUUUCCAUUUUCUCCGGCGAGUGUCAGUGACGUGAGGGCCGGCGGCGCAGCGAUAACGCCGCUCUGGUGAGGAGAGUUCGCCAGGGGUGCUUCAAUUUGUCUCGCGGUUGACAGGAUGCGUGUGUAUAUGUGUGCUAAGGCUGCUAGCGGCGGUGUGAAAAUCUGCCCAAGAAGUUCAUGUCCUUCCUGUUACUGAUUUUGUAGCAAAGUAUGGUAUGUAAAUAUACA